UUAUGCCGAUACCAAGGACAAGGACCGAAGGGAAGCCCUUACAAAAUGUUUUGGUUUUUUCAAAGCAAGGAGGCCGCGAUGUAAUGACUUUAUCUAUCGCACUUAACGAUUCAGGAUUUCGCGUGAAUUAAGACAGCCUUGUACUUGUUUGUCUUUAGAACGACAGGCAUUAUUGCUCCCUCAGGAGGGACAACGACCUUCUGUGAUUGGACCAUUUAUCACAACUGCGGUUAUCGAAAUACUAUCGCCUCGUGCCACCAGGAGGACAAAUUAACAUCGUUGUUGCCAGUGAGCUUCAUUAACCAGUCAGUCAGCUAAACAACACAGCCUCGAUGGAGUACUGCAUGUCCUUCAAAGUUCUUCGCUGGCUACUGUUAUUGACUUGCUUUAAAUCUGUGUGUCCCACCAGUUUGGAAGAAGACUGCAUCUGGCGAGGAAGCGGUGUUCCUCGUCAAGAGAGGCCGUCAGUAGUUAGCAUAGAGACAAAGUGUCACCAGGGAGAACUUCAUUGGUCGGACCCUUUUGGAGGCCUGCGAGUCACGUUCAAUCCACGUGAUGUGCACGCCAACUAUAAACUGUGCUUCAUUGCACGGCAUCCUGGUGUAAGGAUCUACACUGAGUGGGGGCAAAAUCUGACUUUGUUGCGAGGAACUGAGGAAAACGAGACAAGAAGUGCAGUUUGCGUAAAGAGCUCCGCGGCGCGACGUCCAGUGUUAUACCUAGAAACUCAGGAAGACCAAAUAAUGACACAACUGAAUUACACUGUGCUGGUGAAUGGUAGAAAGAGGCCUAUACACAAAAGACGAAAAGAAUGCAAGCCUUGUAACUAUAAGGAACUGCUCAGUUCUCUUUGUAAAGCAAAUUUUGUUGUUCGAGGGUAUAUCCGGAACCUUAUUCCCGUCGGAAAUGGUCGGACUCAACAAGCUGAUUUUGAAGCAACAGAAAUCAUCAGACAAGAGAAUGAAAUUUUUGUGAAACGCGACUCGGACGAAUUCUACGGGUCUGUCAACGUUCCUGGUGGCUGCCAUUGGAGAGAAACAGAGGACCAGCUUUUGCUGUUGACGGGAAACCUUGACAGUGGUAAAGGACCUGCACUUCAGUGUUAUAUUCAGGAAGAGGAUUGGGUAAACAUUCCCAAAGAAAACAUUCUGCAUUUUUGCAAAGUGGUUCAUGUUUAAUUUGACAAUUUUCACCUGCUACAGGCUCGAGAGUCGGCUGAAUUCAAGGUGUAGUCACUAAGUAACGUGAUGCGAUGGAUUGUCUUUAAAGCCCACUGAAGUACUGACAUUACUUUCGAUCGGCUCUGAAUGUGUAUGCGAGAAUCUUCGUGCCCUCUCCCCACUAAACCCACGAACAUUUCCCGAAAAUAAACCGCUUUUUUUCCUAGCCCGUAAACAAGAGCGCGAUUUUUUUCAAGAACUAAGUUGGCAGAAGAAUAUAAGUUAGUUUUAUAUCUGCGACAUAUAACUCGUUCAAGGGUAGUACGUCAAGAAUAGGCUGCUGGGGAGGUUUUUGGCUAGUCACCGAUAAAAUUAGAAUGUCUUUUAUUAUCGUUUAUUGUUAUCAGAAGAGAAAAUAAGAGUUGUUAAUCACCCGACACUCGGGACGAGAACCUGGGUGAUUUGAAACAACGAUGAACUUACCGAAACAUAAGUAUAAUUUUUAUUGUAAAGGGAAAAGGAAAUACAAGGUUUCUUCUUCGCGCUCCUCGAAUUCCACAAAAUCCUUGAAAAAUCAAAUUGGUAAGAACUUUCCAUUGACCUCUUCAAAUCCUCUGAACCCUUACCCUUUAAAAUUUAAAAUUCUUGGUAACUACGGAUAUCUCACUUGUUUAUAAAGGUACAAGAUAUAUAGAAGAGCUGUAAUAGUGAAUAAUUAAUAUUAUGAAUUUCAAGGUAAAAAGAUUAUUAUUUAUCCUUGUAAAUAUUGUACAGAACUCAAGUCAGACUUGAAAGAUUUAAACUUAAAAGGUGUUUUCUUCUGAAAGUACAACUAAAGAUAAAAUGUUCACUCAUACAAACAUAAAAUGUGAUUAAAAUCAAAUAUACUCCAAAAUCUUGUCUAUUCU